GCAUACACACACACACACACAGACAGCGACACACACACAGAGACUAAUCAAUCAAUCAAUCGACAACAAGCAGCGCUCGCAGUCACACAACCACCAACAUCGACAUCAUCAGUCUGUGAUUGGCGUCGCCACGGCAAGGUUGUUCAAGCAUACAUGUAUAUAUACCAAGGAGACGCCUAUACGCAUAUAGGAAGCCAAUAGUUUGCGCAAAAGUUGCCCAUCUGUUAGCUAACACAGCUCUGUUAUCGCCAAACAGCGUGAAGUUGGCCGCAGCACAAUGGCGGCGAUGCCAGAUAGUUUUAUUGCUGGCAAGCGACAGUUUUGGCGCGAGUUUUUAAAACUCUACCAGCAAAUGCCGGAGCUGUGGGAAGUCAAUCAUGCGGACUACAGAAACAAGGAAUUACGUAACGAAUCCUACGAAAUACUACAGAAUAAGUUGCGUGAAAUCCAGCCAAAUGCAACGAAAAGCGAUGUUGGUCGUCGUAUCAACAUUUUUCGCACGAAUUACAGGCGAGAACAGAUGCGGAUUUGGAAACAACACGAAUUGGGUCUGCAUUCGGAUUUGUGCAAACCGACGCUUUGGUUCUACGACAAUAUGAGUUUCCUGCUAUCGCAAGAGUCCUUCCAGCACAGAUCGAAACGGAUGCGUGGCAGGCCCAGCCUCAGGGGCAGAUCCUCAAUGAAAGGCCUUUCAAAAGAUGUUCAGGUUAAGUUGGAUCAGUUAAACACGGCCACAACAAUAACAGCCUUACCACCAGCAACAACAGGAUCAACGACGAUGCCUGCAAAUGAUAGUUCCGAGGCUUCUGUAUCUGUGUUAAACGAAAGUUUUCUAAUCAGUCCUAAGAUUGAGAUAUUCGAUAAUGAGUUGCCCGAAAUAGAUGCGGAAAGAACUGAAAUUAAGGUGGAUAAUGCCGAUACGAGUGCAUCUGAAUUCAAUGAGCCAUCCGGCUCGAAUAACUCCACGACAAAUGGAACAAUUGUGACUGCUAUAAAUGGUGCUGCCUAUCAGCAAUCGACGCCAAUGUUGAGUGAAUCCUCCGAAGCAAUUGCCAAAUCCUGGGCCAUUCAGUACGAGGAAAUGGCGCCAACGCAACGCAUUUUUGCCCGUAAGGCGAUCGCCGAUAUCCUAUUCGAUGGCUGCAUGGGCAAUUUACGCAUUAAUCGCAUCAAAGUACGAAGUUCCAAUGGCAAUCAAUCAUAAGAAAUACAUUAUUUGAUAUGCAUAAGCUUAAACCUAAACUUAAACUUAAACUUAAACUAUA